AUGGGUCUGUACUCCUGGAACCACGUGGCGAUUGACCAUCCGCAUCCGGUCUCGGAGCCGCCAGAAAACUCAUUCAAUAAGUACGAAGGGUGGUAUAUCACGGCCGCCCGAGAUAUGCUAUCCCGAGAGUGCACCUUCGAGGAUGACUACCUCAAGAGCUUUGCCGGAUUUGUGAACUACUUCUCGAUAGCCAUGGGUGAAUUUAGAUUUGCCUUACCGCUAUCUAAAAACAUUGAUGACAUUCUCAGAGCUCAUUUCGAGGUUCCAAUCGGCUUUGAAAGCUCCUUUCAGAUGCCGGCGAUAUUCAAUCCAUCGCACAUGCAUGUCUUCUGGACCAGCUCCGCGUUUUUCUACGUCCAGAGGAAGCAACACCAUGCCACUACUAUCCGGCCGAUGUUCACCGUCAUUCACCCCAAUCCGCAGAUUGGUGUCAUCGGCAGAAUACUACUGGACCCUGACUGGAGGGCUAGGCAGCCUGACCUGCUGGAGUUUGUCGUACUGGGUAGCACGUCCACAUUGGCCGAUAUGCUCAUCGAGAAGGUCGGCGGAAUCGCAUAUCGCGUGCAGAUUCCUGACAGGAAGGAAGAUGACACAGGCUACUUUAUGAGGCUCACUCCGAAACAGUGGACGGAGGCCAGCCCACAGAAGAAGCUCCUGAUGUUAGCCUAG